AUGAGUAAAGAGUUUCGGCCUAGUGAUGAGGAAGAACUGACUCAUGAAAAGGAGGAAUCCCCUCUGUUACUUUACAACAUCAUGCUACAAUCUAUCAAUAUAGGCGAAAAAGAAUAUCUUAGCAUAAAUGAAUAUCAACAUUUCACUGUAGAUACUAAAGUUCCUGUCAGCAUAGUUCAACAUGAACUAAACAAUGAAAACCAUUCAAAGAAUCAAGCUAUCAUCAAUGAAACAGUCAAUGUAGUAGAUAAGUCAUCAGUGAAACCACAGAAUCACAUAAUUGAUCAGACAUAUAAGUUGACUAAAAUGAAGGAAGAAGAUGCAAAAAGUGAAAAUCCUUUCAUAAAACAAUCUAUUCAAACACUUCCUCAAAUGAUACAACAACAUUUGUAUCAUGUUGAGAAUACUGGAGAACAAAAUCAAUGUUCACAUAACAACCAAUACAACGGAUCAGAAUUGUACUGUAAUGAUUGUAGAAACAAAAGAAAAAGAGGAAAUUAUAAUAUCCAACUUGAAAAGUUGAUAAGUAACACAAGGAAAACUUCUGCACAAAAUCUACAUUGUACACUAUCUAUAGAUGAUGGGACUAGUGAACAAAAUAGUACUGAGUUAGAUGAAGAAUCAAAGGAUAUUCAUUUAGCACAACAACUUACUACAGAUAUGAUUAACAAAGUGAUUAGUAGACUUUUAUAUGAUUACAUAAAAAUCUCAUGA